UUGAUGUUUGGUUUCGUAUCUGAACGCCACGCCACUGGACUUAGUUACCCGUCGGCAGUUUUAGAAAAGUUGAUUAGAUUUUAAUUGUAUGGUUAAAUUUUGAUUUCCAUUUUUUCCCCAAUAGUCAUGGCUGGUGGUCAGUGGGAAGUUGUUGGUGGAAAAGCAAAGAAAGGUAAAUCUAAAGGUUCUGGAUCAAAAACAUCAAAGGAAAAGCCGAAGGAAAAUGCAGCAUUUGAAGCGUCAGUUGCUGGUCCAAUAAAAGAAAGUCCAACAUCUUUUAGCAUUCUUGCUGAAAAGGAAAAAAAAGAGCCUUCAAAGCCUAAGGUGAAUGGGAGUGAAGCAACAAAAAAUACAGAAAAAAAUCAGCAGAAAAAGAAAAAAGGCGAGAAGAAACCUGCUUCUUCAAAAAUUACUUUGGAAGAUGUAUUUGCUUCAAUUACUGAAGAAGAUGUGAAGAACCACCUUGCAACUUUAGAGGUUUUAUGCCCAGAUUCACCACUUUUGUGGCUAAAAGAUUUGACUUCAUACCUGAAUGUAAAGUUAGAUAUUGCUGUUGAAGAUCUAACAUUUGCAUCAAAACCACUUGGUUAUCCAUCUAUGCUGUUAAAUAAAAAAGUUUAUAAGCAAAUUAUGGGGAUUCUAAAUAAGUGCACUCCUCAAAUGUUGCAACUGUUUUAUGAUUUUUGUUUACAAAAUAUGGUUCAAGAUAUUUUAAAAGGUUUGCAUACAAUGGGCUACAGAAUAAUGCUUCAAAUUAUUGCAAAUGAAAUGCCUUCGGUUGCUUUGGGAAAUAUUUCUAAAUGUGUUGAAUUGUGUACUUCUCAUCAAAAUCGCCAAAAUAUUUGUCUCUCUAUUUUAUGGGCAGCUGGUCAAGCUGGCAACAAUAACCUGGAAGCAGGUUUCAGAGUAUGGAUUGAUCUCAUGUUUCCUCUUAUUGGAGCAAAGAACUGCACCUCUUAUGCUGUUGAUUAUUUAGAAAAAUUGAUUAGUGGUGUUGAUGUGACCAAGUGUGAUAAAAGUCUUCUUGGUGUGAGAGAUUUGUUUCCUAUAUUGGAUUUUAUUUAUUCUAAAGAGUUAGUAAAGAGUGUACAAAAGAGAUUAGUUGCAGUUUAUCCAACUUUAAAGACUCUUAGCUAUGGUCCUGAUCCCGAAAAUGUUUUAAGGAAUUAUUUUCCGUCUUAUUUACGAAGGCUUGAACCACAGUGUCCACAACUAUUAAAAGAGGAGAUUUUGGGCAGCCUUGUUUAUUGCUUGGAAAAAGAUACUCGUUGCUACAGUAUCUGGAGACAACUUUAUACUAAACAUUUUGUACAAUCAAAAUUGCUCAUUUCCCACCUAAAUGGCAAGUGGGAUAAAAUGCCUGCCAAAUUUCCAAAGAGGUGCUUGAGAGAUACCUUGUCUGUCUUUCAAGUUACCAAUGAAGAGCUCCUGAGUAGCAGUAAAAAGAAUCUACAAGAUAUUGAAGAGUGUAUUCUUAUUAAUAAAGAACUUCUUUCCAAGUUGAAUGCUGGAGCAUUUUCUUGGCCUCGUUUUAUCCUGCUUUUAAUACUUAUGGUCAGUUCCGUAUUGACAUUUGAUACUUUAUAUCACGGGUCUUUUGCAGAUUCCUUUACAGGGAAAUUUAUGAAAGAUUCUGGCUUAUUAGUCAUUUGUAUUCAAGCGGGUGAAAAGCUCAAAUACUUUUAUGAAAAAGUUCAGAAGUUGUCUGAAAAGUACAUUCCAGUCUUUGCCAAAUGGUCUCAAGACACAUUAUUGCCAACUCUCGAUCUUGCUGUGAAAAAGCUCUCUACAAUUCUUGUUCUUUUGUGGGACAGCACUCAGGGAUUAAGAUUAUGGUGCAGCAAGAAAUUGCCAUCAUUUUUGGAGCUGGCUGAGAAGAACUUUAUUGUGUAUGGUAAUGCCUUUUUGGAUUUGGUGACAAAAGCAUCUAUCAUCCUAUCCAAAAUGGCUGUCAAUGCUUUUGCAUUCUUCCUCAAUACAAUUGAUUCUUUUGCAACAUGGAUGGAGUCCAGCCCUGAAAUUAUGCAAGCUCUGGGAACGAUAAAAUCCUUCUCCAUGCAGCUUGUGGAAAAUCUUCAACAGAAUGCCAUUUAUUUAUUUCAAAUGCUGAAAAAUUAUAUCCCACUCUCCACCACUUAGAAAAGAACUUUAUUUAGAAAAACAGAUUAUAUUUUUCUACUGAAGUUUUAAUAAAUGAAAUAUGUACAUUGUA